UUUAAAUUAAAACAAUCAGGCACUGUGUUUCAUAAUUCACAUCAAAAAUUAAUAAUAUAACAAAUAAUGCUGAAUUUACUUAGAAAACUUAAGUAUUUAUCAAAUAAUUUAAUUAAAGUCUCAUUCAGUGAAAAGUAUUUAUUGACAACAAACUGCUUAAUAUCUGUUUCACUGUCUUCUGUCGGUGACAUAAUUGAGCAGAAUUUAGAGAUAUACAGAAAGGAAAUUCACAAAUAUGACAUUAUAAGGUCGCGAAACAUGGCUGCUUCAGGAUUAACUGUCGGCGUUUUUUGUCAUUUCUGGUAUAAAGUUCUUGAUAGUCGUAUGCCGGGAAGAACGUUUAAAAUGGUUAUGAAAAAAGUACUUGUUGAUCAAAUGGUUGCAAGUCCAAUUGUCAUUGCCUUGUUUUUCGUGACACUAGGCUUAAUGAAGAGAGAAUCGAUGAAUGAGACAAUGAUUGAAAUCAGAGAGAAGUUUGUCAGGCUUUACAAAGCUGAAUGGGUUGUGUGGCCAUUAGCACAAGUUGUCAACUUCUGGAUUCUACCCUUAAAGUACCGAGUAUUGUUUGAUAACACAAUUUCAUUAGGAUAUGAUGUCUAUACCUCAAUGAUCAUUAAUGAACCAAUUCCACACAAAGAAUCGCAAUUAACAAUUUUACAGAAAGACCAUAAGCAAAUGAUGCAAUCCAACAGUUGACCUCGCCACAACAUUAAGAACAUGAUUUAAAAGCAGAGAGACAUGAUUAAUAAAGUACCUUAAUUCAGAUUU